UUGUAAAAGGGACAGUUCGACGGGAGAAGAGGGCUUUUUGGUGUGUGGUUGGUUCUUGCUUUUUGCUGGACGGUGAUGGAGAAGCUGUAGAUUAAGAUCUCCGGAAGUUUUUCUGAAGUUCUCAACACUUUAAUCUGUUUUUGUUCGACAUUUUAUUAUCCUUUUUUCUUUGUAACUUGUUAUAAUCUGAGUUUUGAAGGGUUUCUUCAUUGAGACCACCGCCCCCCCUCAGAGGGGCCGAGCAGCGGACUGCGGUGACGCGCAGGGUCACGUGAGGAAGAGAAGUUUGUUGGUAGACGCUGAGCGACUGAAGGUGACAUCAUCAUGGAUCUGCACAUCAUUGAAGGACUGAAUGAAAUCCGUCCCUCCGUCUACCGAGUUGCGAUGAAGCUUCUGUCUCUGCAGAGACUGCGUCACAUGGACCAGGUGUUUUUUCGACACAUCACGGCAGCCCUCCCCUCUGUGGGAAGAGUUGACCUUCAGCAGGAAAAUGGCCUAAACAGACAGGAAGUGACCCAGAUUCUGAAAAGGAUGUUCCACGGCAUGUCACAGGAAGUAACUAGUCAUGUGACUGAGGAAGCUCCAGAGGAGAUCUGCAGUCUGAUGUUCAGGCUCAACGAUCGGAGUCAGUCUGGUUGCAUCUCAACGGUUUCUCUUCAGACUUUUCUCAUCGCUCUGUCAGCUGAACGUUUACUGGUUAAAUACAGAGCCCUCGUGAGGGUCUCAGGGAACGGUUCAGGAUCAGUCAGCAGGUCUGGGCUCAGAUCUUUGCUGCAGGACCUCAACCAGGUUCCUGGGGCGGUGCAGGAGGAAGGAGUGUUCACAGACGUGGAGGCGGCAGUGACAUCGUGUUUUCAUAAGGUGUCGACCCCGACGGCAAAUGAAGAACAUGUGGUGUCAUGGCUUCAGAGUGAGCCCCCCCUGUUGCUAUGGUUACCCACCCUGUAUCGCCUGUCAGUCAGUCAAAACGUUAGUCAUGCUGUCCGCUGCCACACCUGUAAGACCCGCCCCUUUAGCGGGCUCAGGUAUCGCUGUAUGAAGUGUGUGAACGUCCACCUGUGUCAAAGCUGCUUCUGGACAGGGAGACACAAAACUCACCAUCCAGUGCUUGAGUUCUGCACUCAGCCUACCUGGAGAGAGUCUCUGUCCUCGUUAGUGAGCAGCGCUCGUCAUGCCUUGUCACCACGGCGAUACACUCAAGGACAGGCCCUCAGUGGGAGGGGCCUGAUAAGGGUGGAGCCAGGGGAGGCUCUGGAUAGAGCUCGGCCCGCCUCUCGUGCCUCAACAAGACUGACUCCCUCAGCUGUCAGUCACACUUGCUCCUUUGACCAAGAUGGAGCUAUUGAUCAACCUCCUUCAUGUUCAUCUAAAGCUCUGCAGACCCACAGCGACACGCCCCCGCAGCAGCUGAAGGCAUCAGUUCUGCUGAAGGAGGUCAGGAACCUGCAGAGAGACAAAUGGCUGAUGGAGCAACAGUUGCAGGUCUUAAGGCUCAACGUCCAAUCAGAGCACGGCAUCCUGGAGGACAGGUGCUCUGGGAUGGAGGUUACAAUGGAGACGCUGAAAGAACACAACCUUCGUCUGCAGCACUCGCUCAUGCAGGCUCUGAAGAAGAUGGACGUUCAACAAGAUGCAAACGAUGAGCAUCAAAACGUGGACACAGAGGACACAAAGGACAGAGAGGUAAUGGACACGGAGGACACAAAGGACAGAGAACAAAUUUGGGACAGGAAGGACACAGAUGACAUAAAGGACACUAUUGGACACUGUUGGAGCGAGGAAGAACUGCAGCCUCCCACAAUGCACCAGUACACACCUGUGUCCCAGGACAUCUAUUAUGAAGAGGAUCCUGCAGGUGACUGGCUGUUCUGUCCAACAGGACAACAGGGGGGGGCACAGGAAGAGGUCCCUUGUCUGUCUGAAGGAGAGGGUUGUGGGAAGUGUAGUCCAGAGGAGCUACUGCAGGAGACUGCAGAGAGACUGAAGACUGUGAUGGAGACGGACAGGUUGAGAUACAGACACACAGGUGAGAGGAAGGGGGCGGAGCUUCUUGUUGCUGCAGACCAGGUGUGUGACUCGAUACGCCGCCUGGUGGACGCUGUGAGAGCUGACGCAUACUGAUGACUAACAUUGAACUUUUAUUCCACAUAAACUUAUUGAUCUAUAAAUAAACAAAGUGUAAAUGUAUAAAAAAACGCUUUAUCUGAUGACAUGUUUAGAAAUACAGGAUCAUUAUAAUAAAAAUAAAGUCAUCAUCCUUUUCUAUUUCAGUGCAUUUUUAAAUUAUCAUAUAUAUUAUAUAUGUUACAAUUUUUAA